AUGAGGACUUGCAAUUCGUGUGCAUGCACACGGUGCCUGGAAGAUGAGGGGAGCUAUUUAGUUCGCGCUCUGGCGAAUAAGAGCUCCAUGCUGUGGUUGGUUUAUACUUUCAAGGGUGUCAAAUCCCUUGCAGUGAAGAUUUACUACCUGGGGUAUUCCAAUCUUUCAAAGAACAGAUUUACUGAAAUUCCUUCUGAUGUCUGGCUGUUUGCACCACUGGAAACUUUAAAUUUGUAUCACAACUGCAUCAAAUCCAUUCCAGAAUCUAUUAAAAACCUGCAAAUGCUUACCUACCUUAACAUUAGUCGAAAUCUUUUAUCAACGUUGCCAAAAUACCUGUUUGAUCUUCCACUUAAAGUUCUGGUUGUCAGUAAUAAUAAGCUGGUCUCCAUUCCAGAAGAAAUUGGAAAGUUGAGAGAUCUAAUGGAGUUGGAUAUUAGCUGCAAUGAACUUCAGGUUCUUCCCCAGCAGAUAGGAAAACUGCAGUCACUUAGAGAAUUAAACAUAAGAAGAAAUAAUCUCCAUGUGUUGCCAGAUGAAUUGGGAGACCUUCCCUUGGUAAAGCUGGAUUUUUCUUGUAAUAAAAUUACAGAAAUUCCAAUUUGUUACGGAAAGUUACGUCACUUACAAGUUAUAGUUUUGGAUAACAAUCCAAUGCAGAUACCACCAGCACAGAUAUGUUUAAAGGGUAAAGUACAUAUAUUUAAAUUCCUCAGCAUUCAGGCAUGCCUCAGAAUAGACAAAAAACCAGAUUCUUUGGAUCUUCCAUCAUUAGGUAAACGAAUACCCUCCCAGCCACUCACAGACAGCAUGGAGGACUUUUAUCCCAAUAAAAAUCAUGGACCAGACUCUGGCAUUGGAAGUGAUAAUGGGGAUAAAAGGUUGUCCACAACAGAACCAUCUGAUGAUGAUACAAUCAGCCUUCACUCCCAGGUAUCAGAAUCAACAAGGGAACAGACAUUAAGGAAUGACAAUCAUGUAAUGGGAAGUAAACUCGAUCCACAGAAAGACCAGGAGGUGUAUGAUUACAUUGAUCCGAAUGCAGAAGAGGGAGCUGUUCCUGAGCAAGGAGAUGUACAGAUUGGACCAUUGCUGUCUUAUAUCAAGGAACGGGGAAAACAUCCUGAGAAAUCCCAGAAAAUAGAACAGAAUGAGGACUGGGGAGAUGAAAAAAGACUUCAGAAAGAACAGCUACUGGCUGAAGAUGAUGAUGAACUCAAAGAAGUUACUGACUUGAGAAAGAUAGCAGCUCAGUUACUGCAGCAAGAACAAAAACACAGGCUUCUUAAUCAUUCAGUUUCAGUAAGCACAAGGAACAGGCCAAAGCAGCCAAUGGAAUCUGAAAAAUGUGUCUCAACAGAUGAAGUGAAUUCCCCAGUGUUCCCAUACAGCUGGCAG